AUGGAAAGUAAGUUAAACUUAAUCAAAACUCUACUUAAUUCUAUAGUCACGAGAUGGAAGUUGCUAGAAAAGCUAGAUAUGAGUGCAAAAGGAAUAUUUGAAGAUUUAAUUAAUAUGCAAGAUUAAUUGAUGUAUAUUUUACUAUCAAACUAGGGCAAUAAAAAAGUAAAAAUAUGAUGAUAAUGUAUAUUUUGCAGAAAUAGAUGAUUUAGCUUCAUUAAAAAUAUCAAUAGAAAAAGAAUUGUUACUACUAUAAUUGUGUAAAAAUAACAAUGAAUACGUAUACCAUAAAUGAAAAAUUAGUUUGAAAUUAUUGAAAAAAUUUAAGAAACAUUUUAAAAUUUGAAUAAAAUCUUAUAGGAUUAAAAAAUUCCAAGCUCAAAAGCAGGUCAGUUAUGCUUAAUUUAAGAUAGAAUGUAAGUUAUCAAUAUAUCAAAAGCUAAAUUUUAAUUAGCCAACUAAAAUAAAACCAUAAAAUUAGAUCAACGAUCAAGGAUCACAAUAACUAUAGAUAUGCCUUAUUACAUUACUUAUAUAAACCAUGUGUUGAUGAUUUUUCUCCAAUCCUUGACAUUCUAGUAUAGUUUUGA